AACCCCAAUGGACGGGGUUGGGGGUCCGUGGCCUGGGUUUGUCAGCGCCUUUGACGGACGCUCAGCAGUGCAGCUGGGCCAGAUGUGUUUCCAGCGGUGCGUCCAGCUGUGCCUCGCACCUUCCCUUGGGACUACAUUUCCCACGAGCCCCCGCGGCGCCCACCGGAAGCGGCCGCUCCCUCUCCCCGCGGACUCGCUUUCCCGGCAGCCCCUGCGGCGCCGCCGGGCCAAGAUGGCGGCGGGGAGCGGCCCCGGGGCGCGGGAGCUCUUUGCUGAGGGGCUCCUGCAGUUCCUGCGGCCCGCGGUGCGACAGCUCGACCGCCACGUCCACAGCGUCAGGGAGAGCCAGGUGGAGCUGCGGGAGCACAUCGACAGCCUGGCCACAGAGCUUUGCCGCAUCAACGAGGACCAGAAAGUGGCGCUGGACCUCGACCCCUACGUGAAGAAGCUGCUGAACGCCCGGCGCCGCGUGGUGCUGGUCAAUAACAUCCUGCAGAACGCGCAGGAGCGGCUGCGGAGGCUGAACCACAGCGUGGCCAAGGAGACCGUGCGGAGGAGGGCGAUGCUGGAGGCCGGGGGCUACCAGGGCAAGUGAGCGGGAAUCCCUGCUUAUCCCAGCUGGGGAAUUCCCCCAUCACCUGCAGCCCAGGGAACCGGGACGCUUCCAGCCGCGUUCCCAGGUUUGUGGGCGCUGGAAUAAAAGUGACCGAGAGUC